AUGGAGGAACAAGCGGAGGCUGAUAGAAAUGUUGAAGUGUGGAAAGUGAAGAAGUUGAUUAAAAACCUUGAGAAAGCUCGUGGUAACGGAACGAGCAUGAUCUCACUCAUCACUCCGCCCAAGGAUCAGAUUGCCCGGGUAUCUAAAAUGUUAGCAGAUGAGUACGGCACAGCAUCAAAUAUCAAAUCGCGAGUUAAUCGGUUGUCUGUGCUGGGCGCUAUUACAUCCGUACAACAACGACUUAAGCUAUAUAACAAAGUGCCACCCAACGGCCUUGUCCUAUUCUGCGGGACUGUCAUCACAGACGAGGGCAAGGAGAAGAAGCUCAACAUAGACUUCGAGCCCUUCAAACCCAUCAACACAUCACUGUACAUGUGCGACAACAAGUUCCAUACAGAGGCGCUGAGUAGUUUGUUGGAGGACGACAACAAGUUCGGGUUCAUCAUCAUGGAUGGUAACGGUGCGCUGUUCGGUACACUGUGUGGUAACACGCGCGAGAUUCUGCACAAGUUCUCGGUUGACCUGCCCAAGAAGCACGGUCGUGGAGGUCAGUCCGCCCUGCGUUUCGCGCGUUUGCGUCUAGAGAAGCGUCACAACUACGUGCGUAAAGUAGCGGAGACCUCCGUCGGUAUGUUCAUUUCCAAUGAUAAGGUCAACGUGCAAGGUUUGAUUCUGGCUGGUUCCGCAGACUUCAAGACCGAGCUGAGUCAGAGUGACAUGUUCGACAACCGUCUAGUAGCCAAGAUCAUAAAGAUAGUCGACGUAUCAUACGGUGGUGAAAACGGAUUCAACCAGGCCAUUGACCUGUCGGCCGAGUCUCUGGCCAACGUCAAGUUCCUUCAGGAACAGAAGCUCAUCGUCAGCUUCUUCGAUGAGAUCGCACAGGACACGGGCAAGUACUGCUUCGGUGUGGCAGACACCAUCCGUGGCCUGGAGAUGGGUGCGGUAGAGACCCUGAUGGUGUGGGAGAACCUGGAUAUUAAUAGAAUCACGGUCAAGAACCCGGCCACGGAUGAGGUCACGGUUCUGCACCUGUUACCUACACAGGAGAAGGAGCGCGAGCAUUUCUUCGAUACGGAAAAUAACUGCGACCUGGAGAUCCAGGAGACCGAGCCGCUGCUGGAGUGGUUUGCCAAUAACUAUAAGAACUUUGGUGCUGUGCUCGAGAUUGUGACGGAUAAAUCGCAAGAGGGCUCGCAAUUUGUGAAAGGUUUCGGAGGUGUCGGCGGUAUGCUGCGGUACCGCGUGGAUUUCCAGGACUUCGAAGAGUUCGAUGAACUGGACUAUGACUACGACGACUAUCUCUAG